GUUCAGUCUUCCCAAAUCUACCGUACAGUAAUUACAUUCGUUCAUCAACAUGGCUCCAUCGGCGAAAUCAGCGGGCAAGGCGAUGAAGAAAUCUGGUAAAGCCCAGAAAAACAUCACCAAAUCCGACAAGAAACGCAAGCCUAAGAGGAAGGAAUCAUUCGGAAUUUACAUCUACAAAGUUUUGAAACAAGUGCAUCCCGAUACCGGAGUAUCCUCGAAGGCCAUGAGUAUCAUGAACAGUUUUGUAAACGACAUUUUCGAACGUAUCGCGUCCGAAUCUAGCCGUCUUUCUCACUACAACAAGCGUUCAACGAUCACCAGUCGGGAAAUCCAAACCGCUGUCCGUUUGUUGUUGCCCGGAGAAUUAGCGAAGCACGCCGUCAGUGAAGGCACCAAAGCUGUAACCAAAUACACCAGCUCUAAAUGAAUCAAUUGACCACUGUUAGUAACGGAGAAUUAUUAAUUAAAACGGCCCUUCUCAGGGCCACGAAGUCUUUUAUUUAAUAUUUUUAUGGUAUAAUUUAUAACUAUUUAUUUACAAUUAGGAAUCGACAGACGUAUUGAUUAUGAAUGUAGCAUACCCAAAAGUUUUUAUCCUAAUAAAGGAAAUAAAAACAAAACACUGAAAUGUAUGUUUAUCCAAUAUUUAGGAUAACAAGUUCGGAG